AUGAAUCACUACGAUAUUCUUCAAGUUUCUAGGAAUGCAACAGACGAAGAACUUAAGAAGGCAUAUCAGGAGCUUAUAAGGAAACAUCAUCCAGACAAAUCAAGGGAUAUUGAGAGCAAUAAUGAGUUUUUAAAAAUUGACAAAGCAUAUAAAGUUUUAAAGGAUAAAAUCGAAAGGAAAAUCUAUGAUAGCGAGCUGUUCCAAAAAUCUAAAUCGCAUCUAAUAAUUCAUGAUACAGUCUCGAGAAGUCAAUUUAGCUAUGAGGAUGAAGAUCAAAUUUAUUACUUUCAAUGCAAAUGUGGGAGCUUUUAUACAUUAGAUAAUGAAAAUGUAACGAAUAGAGAAGAUGAUUUGAAAGUAUCGGAAAUUAAAAGAAGGAAGAUUCAGUCAUCUCAGUCAAAUUUUUCGUCAGGAAUAAUAAAAAUUUUCUCGGCAAAAAUGUCUUUGGUUUCAAGACUCAAUAAAUUAACAUCCAUUAAGAAUGCGAUUAUAUUGACAAAAAGGAACGCUCGAUUGAUAUCGACAUCACCAAAGAAAAGUGAUACGGCAACGAUUUCUACAACAGAAAAAUCAACACAGCCAUUAGCAGGAACUGAAAACAAAAAUUGGGUUUCAUGGGGAUGGGACUAUAAAGAUGAGAAGACCGAUAGAAAUUACAUGAAUUCAAGCUUUUUCUUCUCGGUCACUUUAUGUCUAAUCUUUGGAAGCUUCUAUCUGGCUUAUACACCUGACAAUUUAUUACGCGACUGGUCUCAACGAGAAGCAUUUUUAGAGUUGAGAAGACGAGAAGCUGCUGGCCUCGAACCAAUUAGUGCUGAUUAUGUAGAUCCAGCAUUGAUUGAUUUGCCAUCAGAAGAAGAAAUUGGUGAUACUGAAAUCAUUAUUUAAAAUCCAGUUCUAUUACAAGCUAGUUUAUUGCAUAUAUUUUUCUGUUUAUUAAAAAAUUCAGGUUGCAUAAUAUCGCAAGCAAUGUCUGUAUGAAUCAAAACAUUGAAUAAAUAAAAUACGAGGAAAAUUGUAAAAUUGAAA